AUGUUGCAGAGACAUCUUGAUAAGGGGAGCGACCUUGCCGAGGCGGCGAGUGCGAGCGGACUUCGUGAACUCGCGAGAUCCUUGAAGCAUCACCUUCGAGGAUUCGGUUCCCGACUGGAGGACAGGCGCGAGUACCUCGAAGACACGUCGAGAUGUUGCCUGCUUCAAGACCGGGCGUACGAGUGGGCCCAGGAGGCUCGCCUCGCUGGCGAACGGGGAGCUCAGCAGUUCCUCAUGGCCAGGCCACCCCUUCCUCCCGAGCAUUUCACGGAAAUGAUGGCGCUCGCCGAGAAGCUCGGUAACGAGAUCCUUCUGGAACAAUGCCGCAUCGCUAGGAACAAGUGCGCGGAGGCGCUCGAGAUGGCGAGGACAACUUCCGCACCUGGCAGCCCUGCCAGAAGGAGAUCCUUCGCAGCGUCGGAGUCUGCUACCUCUUGGGAGGACAGUUUGACGAAGAGAGCUUCGUGGGAUGACAGCGACAGCAGCGCGUCGUACGCUUGUCCCAUGGAGAGCGUAGGAUCGGCAGGAAGCGGCGGUCGCCCGGUACUGGACAACAUCGCGGAGCUUCGAGAGAGCGCCGAACAGCUACUCGAUUGCUCUCCACCGCGAACGCCACCCCGAAGCCCUGCUCCAAGACGGCUGGUCAAGCCACCGGUGAACUCGCACCUCCACAGAGCAGCCAGCAUUGCUCCUGGAAUGAAGGCGAAAAAAAUUAUAUCCCGGAGCUGGUGCGGGAGGACAUUCCUCAGGCACUGAGAGGGCAGCGUAACGUGAUCUUUGGUAACGUCGAGAAGAUAUACGAAUUUCACAGUCAGCAUUUCCUACGGGAACUGGAACAGUGCGAGCAGUCGCCGAUGAAUGUGGGACAAUGCUUCCUCAGACACGAGAAGAAAUUCUACCUUUAUGCGCUGUACAACAAGAACAAACCGAACUCGGAUUCUCUGAUGGCCGAGUAUGGCACCGCGUUCUUCAAGCAGAAACAGCUCGAGCUCGGUGACAAGAUGGACCUCGCUAGUUACCUACUGAAGCCGGUUCAACGAAUGGGAAAGUACGCGUUGUUGCUGCAGCAACUGGUGAAGGCGGGCACCGAUCUCUCGGAGCAAAUGUCCGGCAAAGACGAAAAGGACGAGAAAGACGAUGGUAUGAAGCCGAUGGUCGAGGGGGAGGCGGACUUGAGGGCGGCCGAGCAGAUGGUACGAUUCCAACUACGUCACGGGAACGACCUGCUAGCGAUGGACUCCCUUCGAGAUUGCGACGUGAACGUGAAGGAACAGGGUAGGCUGCUUCGUCAAAACGAAUUCUUGGUGUGGCAGGGUAAAGGGAAGAAGUGCUUGCGACAAGUUUUCCUGUUCGAAGAUCUUAUCCUAUUCAGCAAAGCGAGGAGAUUCCCCGAUAGAAAGAAUCUCGAUAUCUAUAUUUACAAGCACAGCAUCAAAACGACGGACAUCGGGUUGACCGCCGUGAUCGCAGACUCACCUACGAAGUUCGAGAUUUGGUUCCGCAAGAGGAAGCCAGGCGACACGUAUACAUUGCAGUGUGCAAGCGAGGACAUUAAGAAAGCCUGGACGGAGGAACUGAGCAACCUUUUAUGGAAGCAGGCGCUGCGAAACAGAGAAGUGCGCCUGGCAGAGAUGUCGAGCAUGGGCAUCGGAAAUAAACCUUGUUUGGACAUUAGGCCUAGCGCGGAUCAGAUCAAUGAUCGUUCGAUCAGUGUAGCUCAACUGUCGAAAACAGCACCUAGAUUUAGAAACUCGAUAGCAGUAUCAAUGUCAGAGGACUCGGGACGCUGUAGCAGGAGGCCGCACAGUGUAAUUUCCGUGAGUUCGUCAUCGAGUAGCGGUGGAAGUAGCGGACCUCCGACGACGUUGAAUCUCGGCUUGGACACAAGUCCUCGACCUCAUCAUCGUAGUACUACGCUCAACAGUCAGUGCAGCGUUGAAAGCGGCAUAAUAGCCGAUAUCUCGAUCGUCUCGGAUGAUGGUGGCGAUGGAACCGAGAGAAGUCACUGGAACUCGACUCUGGAAAGCCCCACGUCCCAUCUACCAACGGCGUCGACACCUCUUCAAUCACCGACCAGCGCAACCGCGACAGCAACAGUUACCUCGGCUUCUUCGUCCGACACGAAUCUCACCCCUUACGACCAAGACAUAAGUAACGGCGACGUGUAUUUUCUUAUACUAUCUCCUCGAAUUCAUCACGUGCUCAAGAGAACGAUCACAGAUACAGAUGUGUUCCGACAGAAUCUAUAUAUAUUACAACUUACCUAAAAUACCACAACCUAGUGCAGUUAGUCCACCAACUUUUAAUCCAGCUAAUAAACCAACUGGUCCACCAAUACAAGUACCAAUUACAGCUCCUGCUAAAGGAUACAUAGUAACUUUGUACCUAGCAGCUUUUUGA